AUCAGCUGUGUCUCCCCGCAGCAGGGAGGGGAGGGGAGGGGAGGAACUGAGCUCCAGCAAGCUGGGCUCCUGCAGGCAGGCUUUGCCAGCUUCCCCUAGUGUGCUGCAUAAACCCUGCCCCCUCCCUGCCUCGCUGAUUAGCUGUCUCCCGGCAGGAGGGAGACAGACAGCUAAUAGGGAAGGGGGAAAGAACUGAUCUCCAGCAAGCUGGGCUCCGGGUGAGGAGGAGAGGCUGGAGCCUUGGGGAAGAAGGGGGUCAGUCAGGGCAUGCCCCUAUAGGGGGCAGGGGCACCCACCAGUCAACUGUUUAUGGGGCCCUUGAGCCAUCAGCUGUUCGGCGGGGGUGGGGGCAGUAGGGUAGCUAGCUAGGGGAGUGUGAGUGCUCACUGUUUAGCGGGUUUUUGGCCACCAGCCAAUCAGUGAGGGGAACUGCUCCUGGAACAAGGGGCUGAGCAGCUGAGAGACCCCACCACCUUCUCCUACCUGCUUCUCGUGGCACUGUGGCAGGUGCUUUCUCGGGCUCUGCAGCAGCAGCAGCUCCUAACCUUUCGCCCAGCUAAAGGCAGCCAGUAGCAGCAGCAGGAAGGAAAGUUCAGAACUCCUCAGACAUGCGCAGUCCAUUAUGUCAGCUGUAAAUGACACCAAAUUGAACUCUGCAGUGUUCCUUCUCACUGGGAUACCUGGAAAGGAAAACAUCCAUCUCUGGGUCUCUAUCCCCUUCUGCUUAAUGUAUGUUAUUUCCAUAGUAGGAAAUUCAGUCAUUCUGUUCAUUAUAAAAACAGAUCCAAGCCUCCAUGAGCCCAUGUACAUUUUCCUCUCCAUGUUGGCCGUCACAGACCUUGGCUUAUCGAUAUCCAGCAUGCCAACGACACUGGGUAUAUUCUUGUUUAACUCUAGAGAGAUCAGCCUCAAUGCCUGUUUUGCCCAGCUGUUUUUCAUCCACGUGCUUAAAUGCAUUGAAUCCUCCAUGCUCUUGUUGAUGGCCUUUGACCGUUUCAUCGCAAUUCGUGACCCGCUGAGAUAUGCCUCCAUCUUAACCCUGCCACGAAUAGCCAAGUUGGGAUUGGUGUGUGCGCUAAGAGGGGUGGCUCUAAUACUCCCACUCCCUUUUCUCCUUCAACGGUUCCAAUACUGUCGAGCCAAUGUCCUCUCCCAUUCCUACUGCCUAAACCAGGAGGUCAUGAAGUUGGCUUGUUCAGAUAUCAGAGUAAACAGCAUCUAUGGCUUGUCUGUUUCAGUCUCUACAGUGUGGUUGGACUCGCUGCUCAUCUUCCUCUCUUAUGUGAUGAUCCUCAAGACAGUGCUGAGCAUCACCUCCCAUGCAGAGUGUCUCAGGGCCCUGAACACCUGCGUCUCCCACCUCUGCGCCGUCCUGCUCUUCUACACGCCAAUGAUCGGCCUGUCUGUGAUACACAGAUUAGGGGAGGGCUCUUCUCCCUUGCUUCAGAUUCCCCUGGGCUAUAUUCAUGUGCUCGUCCCGCCCGUGAUGAACCCAAUCGUGUACAGCGUGAAAAGCAAACACCUUCGUGCGAGGAUAAUCAGGGUGUUCGUCAAGUGAAAGGUCAGUUCAUCAUCCAGCUCCAGCGCUGACAACAAGGGAGACGAAAAAUACAGGCCACCUAUUCUAUCAUGGACCCUUAAAUCAAAAACGACAUGAGCUACUGAUCUCCGCUAUGUAGAGACAGGUUCAGACGGGGUCUAAGGCCUGGAGCAACUGGAGAGCGACCGGUGAGGGAUGACAAUGCACUCAGGGAAGGAGACCAAGGCAGGCAGCAGCGUUUAAAAAGUGACUUUGUGGAGAGCCAGGGGACAGGUGGGAUGUUGGCACCUAAAGAGCCACAUCAGUGGCUGCCCCAACCUCAGAAUUCCUCUCGAUACAGACAAUAAAGAGAAGGGAUGGGGAUGUUGUUUCCCGUUACACCUGGCCUGUCGCUGUCCCGUCUGUGAUUGAACAUUCACAGGCUAUGAAAAAAGCUGCAGAGCUGUUCUUCUGGCACAAUCCUGGCCCUUCCUGAGCUCUCUGGGUGCUGUGUGAUCCAUGGGGGCUGCAUCAGCUGUGGACAGGAGCUAUUCAAGGGACACGGACACUCACUCUUCCCCUACACCCUCAGCCAGAUGUUUCUGACUGAGUCAUGUCAGACAAAUGAUUAACACAGGAGCCCCAGAAGAAGCCAUUCAGGGAA